AUGAAGCUGUUGACUCACAACAUGCUCACGUCCCACGUCAAGGGAGUCAAGAACGGCUUCCCUCUGAGAAUACUGGCGAGGAAGGUGGAGGUGAGACAGAUUGACUUCAACCCCAACUUUAUCACGAGAAUGAUACCCAGGAUCGACUGGUCCGUUCUGAGAGCUGCUGCUGAGAACUUGGGUCAUGGACAAGGCCUGCCAGAGAGUCCUCCCGAAGAGUAUGAAUCGCAAGAGGAUUUCCUGAAAUCUGCACACCACGUGCUCAUGGAGGUCGAAGUGUUGGAAGGUGAUCUGGAGUGUCCAGAGUCUGGGAGAAAGUUUCCAGUCACAGAGGGAAUUCCAAACAUGCUACUGAGAGAAGACGAAGUGUAGCUACCUAUACACCAUGUCUCAUUCACUGCCUCACUUAUGACAAUUUUCCGCUGUACUGGUCUCGAAUUUUUCGUGAUGGUGUGCAUGCUGAACUGACAAAAUUUUGUAACAGCCAAUAUCACAGGAAUCUAAGAUUCAGUAUAAUGCUGGUGAAAAAGUAUAUAAUUAUUAUUGCUGGUCAUUCGCUUGAGCAUAAACGACCUCUUCCACUGCUGAAGCUUGAGCUUCUCCGCUCACAUUAACAUAUCCAGGCCCCGGAGCAGUCUGAGGGUUGUUAGCAGUGGAAUCAUCUGGAGCGUUGCCCCCGGUUCCAGAGUCAUUAACGGGAUUUUCGUACUCCUGGGGUGUGGCCGGUGGGCUGGGAUUGGGGUGGUCAUAAGGGCUCUGGCAGAUUGUGGCAUAGUGGCCGUCAUCGCCACUGCUCCCACCUGUGUCUUCUCCUCCUCCAUCCUCUCUUCUCCCUGUUCUGAACUUUACCAACUCAUAGGCCGCAUUACCGUAGGUUGAGAUGUCCUUCGCUUCCGGUAAAUCAGUCUGUUCUGCUCUCCAGACAGCGUUUGAAGGCUCUCUGCGGCGGUGUGCUGCUAUUCUCAGCCUGGCGAUAGAGACCGCAACAAUAGUGAGGGCAAUGAUGAGGAUAAUGGCCACUGCCCCUCCAAUUACAGCUCCGGAAUCAUCUAAAACACUCUGAGAGGUUGUUGCAGACACUGUAGGUGAUUUGCAUCCCUCGGUGUCAUUGGGAGAUAAGACAGCUACGGGGCAUUCAAGAUCAAUGCUUAUUUCAACUCGAGCCACUACGAUGCUCGAUUUGCUGCUGA